CUGUAGGCGCUCUCUUGCGUAAUGAAGAGGAGGAGUUUUACUACAGUCUGUUGUUCUGUCAUUCUGGUUCCUAGUUUUCUGCUUCCUACCUAAAAUAAAAGUCGUUCAGAUUCAGAAAAUGACCUGUAAUUUAAAUUCUGAAUGACCUGCAAGUAAGUGUUUCUCUAUAUCUUUAAUUUUUUUUAAGUGAUCAAUUCUGCAUUCCUCAGUGACGCAUAAAGAAGGCACAACUGCUAAAAGGUGUGGUUAGGUGAAACAUGUUAAACGGAAGGAGAUUACACUGUGUUUGUAUGUGCGUAACAAUCUUUGCCUAAGAGAAAGAGGAAACUAGGAAAACUGACAGCAAGUUGUAAACACAGCAAAAGAACCACAGGACAUGGAAGAAGAGUCGAACAUAGACACAACCUCUGACUCAGAAACUGAAUCAGAAUGGGAUCUAAAGAGUAGCACCGGAUCUGACAGUCUGAGUGAGAAUGACAGCUCGAAGAAUGUAAAACGAGGGAAAAAAAGAAAACAUGACUGUAAACAGACAGGGCCAUCUUCCCUCUGUACACCCAAGAAGAGACAAGCUGAAGAUUCCAGCCUGUAUUUGACACAACUUUUUGGAAACGUAUCUGAACUUCCUGUCACAUGUGGAGAUAAAAAAGGCAUUCUGCAUGUGAAGAAAUAUAAUAACAUGGAGAAGUGCAUCUUUAGUGAAGACCAGUGGUUCAAGCCCAGCGAAUUUGAGAGGUUUGGUGGCAAGGAGAGAAGCAAAAAGUGGAAGACCAGCAUCUUCUGUAAUAAUAAUCCACUCCAGAAAUUCAUAGAGGCUGGACUUCUGUCAUCCUUUAAGAAAAGUGGGGUUAAGAAUAAACAGAAUGACUCUCCUGAAUCCUCACCUGUUGUUGACAGACUCAGAAAAGGAAAGUAUCAGAGGCAGCUGUUCCCCUCCUGCUCCGAAUUAAAUGGCAGGAACGGUGAUGACAAUGGCAAAGUUCUUGAUGAGGAUAAUGAAGAUAUUAUUGACAUGACCAUGUUUGAUGGUACAACCCUACCUGUUACCUGUUGUUCUGGCUCUGGCGUCCUACACAAAAAUCGCUUUGCCACAGGGCACUGUGGGAGAUGCAUAAGAACAAAAGACUUCUGGCUGACACCUGAGGAGUUCAUCAGAGUGAGCAAACCGGAUGGAACAUGGAGAAAAGACAUUUUAUCCAAUGGGGUACCUCUGGGGAAACUUAUAAUGAAAGGAGUUCUGGAACUGCAUAUGAUAAACUGUGAUUGUAAUGUUUGUGAAGACCUCAAUCAGUACCUACAGAAUGAUGACGCGUGUUUCAUAUGCGACUCUGAGGGAGAUCUUGUGUGCUGUGAUGAUUGUCCACGAGCUUUUCAUUCACACUGUCACCUACCAGCUGUAGAUGGAGACUCAUCUGGAAGCAAGUGGAGCUGCACGUUUUGUGGAAUGAAGAACAUGAAAAGUUCUAGUCAAAAGACCCAUCAGGAUGUUUUGAGCAGUCCAGUCUCUCAGUACACACCGCACUGCCAGUACCUGCUGUUACACCUGCUACAUGAGAUUAUGACUGACCCCUGUACCAAUGUUUCAGGAUACAGUGAGAACAUCUGUGGUCCCAUGAUGCUGGGCAGAGUAAAAAUGAACUUGGAGAAUAAUGACUAUAAAACAGUGGAAGAGUUUGUCUCAGAUAUUGAACUCAUUUUCAGCAACUUUUGCACUUCCAAUAGGGAUAAUGACUCCAGCAGAAUGACUUCUAGGCUGAAAGAAGUAUUCAAAAGGGAGUUUGAAAGCAUCUUUAAUAUCACGCUGUAGCAAAAAGACUUUUGCUAGACCUUAUAUGGUGGCAUUUAUGUGUACAAAAAUAACAGAAAAAUAAAAACUGUGCAGUUAUAACAA